AUGGUACAAACAAAACCGAAACCAGAACCGGAACCGGAAGACGAAGACACGGAGGACUGGACUAACAUAAAAUCAGACUGGAACGAGAUCCUUCAAAUCGACAUAGAAAAUUACAUAGAUCUGAACCAGAAUCUGGACCCGGGACCUGAUCGCAGACUGGCCGGAACCGUCCAGGCCACAGCGUGGCUCCGCGGAAGCGUCGAAGACCCUCUGCCCGGCUUCUACCCGCGCGCGAGCCGAUCCGCCGCGAUACCCUCCGCCACCUUCGCCCAAGCCACCCACCCAGUCGCGCCGCAGUUCGUCUCCGCAGAAGCGUCGAGACCCGUCGCCGCGCCCUCCAGCUCGGUGCGAAGCAGCACCACCGCGUCGCGCGCCCGUCUCCGCCGUAGGCGUCGAGAGUCCCGCCGUCGCGAGCCCGCUCAGCCCGCCGCCGCCGCCACGAGCGGCCAACCGAGGCAGCGCCCGGCCGCGCUCAGCCGCGAGCCGACCGCAGCGACCCAGCAAGGGCCCCCCGCCCCCCUCCCCAGCCGCGACAGCCACCGCCGCCCCAGACACCACCCGGACUCCUCGGAGGGGUCGCUCUCCGAGGAGAAGAGACCCAGAGUCGGGCCCUCGCCGAAGCAAAGGGCAACGACACCGGAGCCACAGAUAUCGCCCAUAGAGAGGUAUGUCCCGGGAUACCGCGGGGAAAACACCCUGCGGACCCCUACCGCAUCCCCGGUNGACUCCUCGGAGGGGUCGCUCUCCGAGGAGAAGAGACCCAGAGUCGGGCCCUCGCCGAAGCAAAGGGCAACGACACCGGAGCCACAGAUAUCGCCCAUAGAGAGGUAUGUCCCGGGAUACCGCGGGGAAAACACCCUGCGGACCCCUACCGCAUCCCCGGUCGGGUCCGCCUCAGCGCCCGCAUCACCAUCCGCCCACGGCUCCUCGGCCCGUUUCUCCUCGGAGGGCCGAUCAGGCACGACAGCCGAAGGCAGCCAGCCGAGUGGGACGCUGGCCCCCCAGGUGGUCUCCGACGAGGACUACCUGGACUACGUAGCUCCUCGGCCGGCCUCGUCUAACUCCACGGCCCCAACGUCCUACGCGGCGUUGAACAGCCCCGCGCGGACCUAUGACGCCAAACACCCCGUAUGUGGAUCGCUCAUGACGACCUGA